AUGGCAAAAGCUUCCCAUACAUUGCAAAAAGGUGCUGUCGUCCAGCGUCAUGCCAGAGCCCAUAUAGUGAAAGGACGAAUGCCUAAGGGAAACAUGGAAUUUUUACCAACAAACAUUGGCCUCGUAACACUGAACUCCCGGUCGCUGUCAGGCAAACUCCAACAACCCGCUGUAUCCAGACCUCUGCGAUAUCUGCAUGCACUGUUUGCUGCAUUGCGGGAAAUCCGCAUUAGGAAUCGCGUUCUCACUAGUAUCGACAGUGACGCCAUACACUGCAGCGAUGUUGAUGAAAGGGAAGUAGGAGGAGGGGCAAUAGCUGUUAGAAACGAUAACAACAACCUAGUGGAGGAGUUUAGUUCAACGUCGUCAAGAAGCACCUCCUCUUGCGAGAUCUCAGAGGAGUAA